AUGUUAGGAGGAGUUGGCGGUAGUUUUCUAAUUUAUAGAAAUAGUUCAAAUCAAAUUAGUAAUGAUGAGGAUAAAUCAUUUAAAAAAGAGAAAAGACCAACUCUACCAUUCAAAGAUGAUUCUAAUAAUUUACCCUCUGAUCCGCAAAAUCCCACUAACCACGAAAACCUCCCCCCUUCCGAUAAUAAUAAGACUGAAAUAAAAAAAAGAUUUUUAAUUCCAAAAAAUACUUCGAUUUUGGUAGACAAGGAUUUAUGGCAAGAGAACUUAAUUUUCACUCUCGUUUAUUCCAAAAACCGGGGAAGUAAAGUUGAAAAGAGCAAAGAAAUUUAUUUUGAUUAUUCUAAAUAUAAUGGUAAGGAUUAUGUUUUUAUUGAUAACCAAGUUCAAGCAGGAAAACCCGAGCAAGAGUUGGAUAAAUAUGUUUUUCACUCCGAUAACCCUUCAAUUAAAAAACUUCUGGCUAAAAACCAUUUACAACAACAAAAUCGACGAUAUGAAUUCGCAUUCAGGGUAUUUUAUUUAGAAAGAGAUAUCGAAAAGUAUGACCCGAAUACCCGCACUUAUUAUCUUAAUAAUGAAUCCCGAGUUAAAAAUGCCGUUCAACAUUCCGAACAACCAUUAAGGGUAUUGGAAAUUGGAGUUGGUUGUGGAAAUAUUGCCAUUUCUUUGGCUAAAACCCUGGCGGUGGCGGAAAAAAACUCGCUACUUCAACAAACUAAAAAUAUUAAAUUUAUUCAGAGCAACCUUUUUAUUAAUUUAACUCAAGCGGAAAAAUUUAGUAUUAUCGUUUCUAAUCCUCCUUAUGUCAGUAGUCAGGAAUACCAAAACCUUUCUUCGGUGGUCAAAACUCAACCUAUUGAGGCUUUACUGGCUGAAAAUGAUGGCUAUUUUUUUUACCAACAGAUUUUCCAACAAGCCCGUAAUUUUCUGAGUAAAAAGUUUCUUUUGGUGGUUGAAAUUGGUCACCAGCAAGCCGAAAAAGUUAUAAAAUUAAUAAUAGAAUACUUUCCCCAAGUAGAAGUUUCUAUUUAUCCCGAUUAUGCAUAUAUGGUAACGAAAAAGUCAACAAAAAAACCAGUAGUGUCAAUAGUAGGAAAGGCAAAAUUAGCGGAAAGAAUUUAUAGUAAUAAGGGUCGCAUCCUUUCUUUAAACAAGUUACAAAUUGAAGCAGUAAUUAGUGAAGUAUUGGAGGAAACUAAAAAGUCCCUUCUAAAAGGGGAAACAAUUCGUUUUCCCAGUUAUUACUCUUUACAUACUGUAAUGCAAAAGCCACGAGUGGCAAUGAAUUUGCAAACUAAAAAAAAGAUGACUAUUCCAGCCAAGCAGCUCAAUGGUAGAGCCAUAGCCUUCCAAGCUAUUGAUAGGGAAUACACAAAAAUAGCAAUUAAGGAACAAGAGGUAAAAGUAGGUGAUAAAAAAUUUUUUAUUAAAACUGACACCGAUCAAACUGUAAAGUUCGAAAAAGAUGAUGUUGAGAAAGGUGUUGAAGCUAAAGAUAAAUUAAAAGUAAAGUAUGCUGAAAAGAAAGAGGAUGGUAUAAUAUUGGACAAAAAAGUAGAAGGGAUGGGAGAGAUGCAACAAGAAAUAAAACCGGGCAUUGGUUUUUUUAAAGCCAUUAGCAACAAAGAAGACAAGGAAGAAGAAGUUGAGUUAGUCAAAGAAGAGGAUUUUGAUUCCUUUCUCCGAGAUGAGCGAGAUAAACUGGUGCUGGUCAAGUUUUCGACGGUUUGGUGUCCUCCCUGUCAAGUACUUCAAAAAAGUAUUGAGAGAUUAUUGAGUGAAUUGGAGACCACUGCCGAACCAUCAAAGGAUUUGGUCGUGCUACAGGUUGAUGCCGAAAAAUUUCCCCGACUGGCUCAACGGUCUCCAUUUAACGUUUCUUCUGUGCCAGUUAUCUUUCUCUUUCACCAGGGCAAAAUGAUCAAAAGGGGAAGUGGGAGCAUGAGCGUUCAACAGUUACGAGAUUUGACUGGUGAAUAUCAAUUGAUCUUUAAAAACUGGAGAGGUGUAGUUCAAUUGAAAUUGCCCAGGUUCAGCGGAAUUGGUAGACGCGUGGGACUUAAGAUCCUAUGGACACAUGUCCUUGCCGGUUCGAGUCCGGCUCUGGGUACCAAGAAGAAAAUUUACUUUAAAAAGGCAGGUUCGAUUCCUGCUAUGGAAGCUUCUGGUAAUCAAAUUACCAUUAAGGGAGCACCUGAAACAGAUUUAGAAGUAAGAAUCAUAGAAAAAAAAGAUAAAGAGGAAAGAAAAAUAAUAGUAGAGCCUGGUGAGCGAGCCAAAUUUGAGCAAGCUAAAAAAGAAAUGCAUAAGAAAUUAUUGAAGGAAAAGUUUAACGAUAAAAUUGACAAAGACUCUAAGUUAGAUGCCAAGGGAUUAGACAUGAAAUAUAUCAUUUUGCCAGAUGGAAAUGGCAAUUAUAAA